AUGCAGUGGGUGAAGGUGCUAGGGCUGGGGUUGGGGGCUGCUGCCCUCUUGGGGCUGGGGAUCAUCCUGGGCCACUUUGCCAUCCCCAAAGGGGCGGAUGCACCGGCCCCCAGCACCUCAGUCCUCCAGGACCUGGACCUGGAGCUCCUGAAGGCUGUCAUGGGGCAGCUGGAUGCCAGCAAGAUCCGUGAGAACCUUUGGGAACUCUCCAGGCAGCCGCACCUGGCCUCCAGCCCCCGUGAUGAAGCCCUGGUGCAACUGCUGCUGAGUCGCUGGAGGGACUCAGAGUCCGGCCUGGACUCAGCAGAGAGGACGGAGUAUGAGGUGCUGCUAUCGUUCCCCAGCCAGGAGCAGCCUAACCUCGUGGAAGUCGUGGGCCCCACUGGGGACAUCCUCCACACCUACCAUCCGAACGAGGAGAAUGUGACUGGGGAGCAGGGGGGGCCUGAUGUGGUGCAACCCUAUGCAGCCUACGCGCCCCCCGGAACCCCGCAGGGCCUCCUCGUCUACGCGUACCAGGGCAAGGAAGAGGACUUCAAGGAGCUGCAGGAGCAGGGGAUCAAUCUCGAGGGCACCAUUGCCCUGACCCGCUAUGGGGGUGCAGGGCGUGGGGACAAGGCUGUGAAUGCUGCCAAGUAUGGGGUGGCCGGGGUGCUGGUGUAUACAGACCCCAUGGACGUCAAUGAUGGGCAGAGUUUGCCAAGCCAGACCUUCCCAAACUCCUGGGGCCUGCCUCCCUCAGGUGUGGAAAGAGGAUCCUAUUAUAAGUAUUUUGGGGACCCUGUGACUCCCUACCUUCCAGCCCAUCACUCUUCCUUCCGCGUGGACCAUAGCAAUGCCUCUGGAUUCCCCCCGAUUCCUGCACAGCCCAUUGGUUUCCAGGAUGCCAAAGACCUGCUCUGCAACCUCAAUGGAACCUUGGCGCCAUCUGCCUGGCAGGGAGCUCUGGGCUGUGAGUACAGACUGGGCCCGGGCUUCCGAUCUUCUGGAAGCCUCCCUGAUGGCAGCCAGGUGAAAAUGAGUGUCUACAAUCGCCUGGAACUGAGGAACUCCUCCAACGUCCUGGGGAUCAUCCGUGGGGCCGUGGAGCCUGACCGCUAUGUGCUGUAUGGAAACCACCGGGACAGCUGGAUACAUGGAGCUGUGGACCCCAGCAGUGGCACCGCUGUUCUCUUGGAGAUCUCUCGAGUGCUGGGGACCCUGCUGAAGAAAGGCACCUGGCGUCCCCGCAGAUCAAUCGUGUUUGCCAGCUGGGGGGCAGAGGAGUUCGGGCUCAUAGGCUCCACGGAAUUCACAGAGGAGUUCUUCAGCAAGCUGCAGGAGCGCACGGUAGCCUACAUCAACGUGGACGUCGCAGUGAUGGCCAAUGCUACCCUUAGAGUGCUGGGGACACCCCCUGUCCAGAGUGUGGUCUUCUCUGCAACCAAGGAGAUCGAUUCUCCAGGCCCCAGCGGCCUCAGUAUCUACGACAACUGGAAACGGCACUUCAACCGCAGCAGCCCGGUGUACGGCACGGUUCCCAGUCUGGGCUCACUGGGUGCUGGCAGCGACUACGCCCCCUUCAUUCACUUCCUGGGCAUCUCCUCCGUGGACAUGACCUACACCUAUGACCGGAGCAAGACCUCAGCCCGGAUCUACCCCACCUACCACACAGCUUUCGACACCUUUGAUUAUAUGGAAAAGUUUCUGGACCCUGGCUUUAGCAGCCACCAAGCUGUGGCCCAGACAGCUGGGAAUGUGCUUCUUCGGCUCAGUGACAGCUUAUUCCUGCCCCUCAAUGUCAGUGACUACAGUGAGGUCCUCCACAGCUUCCUGCGGGCUGCCCAGCAGGAACUUGGGAACCUGUUGCAGCAGCACAACAUCAGCCUGGGGCCUCUGGUGACGGCAGUGGAGAAGUUUGCAGUAGCAGCUUCGGCCUUGGAUCAACAUGUGUCAGCACAGAGGAAAGGCAGCCCUGACCCCCUGCAGGUCCGGAUGUUCAAUGACCAGUUGAUGCUCUUAGAGCGGGCCUUCCUGAACUCCAGAGCCUUCCCGGAGGAACGCUACUACAGCCAUGUGCUCUGGGCACCUCACUCCAGCUCUGUUGCCACAUUCCCUGGCCUGGCCAAUGCCUACUACAGGGCCAAGGACACAGACGCCGGAUCUGAAGCUUGGGCUGAGGUGCAGAGACAGCUCAGCAUCGUGGUGGCAGCUUUGGAGGGUGCAACAGCCACCCUGAGACCUGUGGCUGAACUCUGACCCCAGCC